AUGCUCUACACCCGGGAAUUAGGGGUUAUCGCGGCUCUCGGCCUGCUGGCCCAGGCUGCCCCCGCGCCGAUCGAGCGUCGAUCUGUCUCCACCACCCUGCUGGACCAGAUGGACCUCUUUGCGCAGUAUAGCGCGGCCGCUUACUGUUCGACCAACAUCGAUUCAGCAAGCACGGCGCUCUCCUGCUCUGCUGACAACUGUCCGCUGGUUGUGGCUGCUGCUCCCACUGUCCUCGACGAGUUCAACGAAACUGCCGAGUUCGGCGACACGGCGGGCUUCGUCGCUGUCGACUCGACAAAUAAGGCCAUUGUUGUCUCCUUCCGUGGCAGCUCCGAUCUCUCUAAUUGGAUCGCCAACAUCGACUUUGGUCUUACAGACGCAAGCAGCAUCUGUACUGGCUGCGAGAUCCACAGUGGCUUCUGGAAAGCCUGGGAGACAGUUGCCAGCACUAUCGCCUCCAAGGUCGAGGCGGCUGUCACCACCUACUCGGAUUACGACCUGGUCUUCACCGGCCACAGCUUGGGUGCUGCCCUCGCUGCAAUCGGCGCCACUGUCCUCCGCAACGACGGGUACACCGUUGACCUGUACAACUUCGGCCAACCUCGCAUCGGCAACCUUGCCCUGGCAGACUACAUCACCGACCAAACCAAGGGCAGCAACUACCGCGUCACGCAUACGGACGACAUCGUCCCCAAGCUCCCGCCGAAGCUUCUCGGCUACCACCACUUCAGCCCGGAGUACUGGAUCACCAGCGACACCGACGUGACCGUCACGACCUCGGACAUCACCGAGGUGACUGGAGUGGACUCCACCGCAGGCAACGACGGGACGCUCCUGGACAGUGUCUCCGCCCACAAGUUCUACUUCGAGUACAUCAGCGCGUGCGAUUAGUCGCCCUGCUGCGCCCGGCGAUGUGGACCAUGGCCGCAGUAAAUAGGUAUAGGAGUAAUAAUUGACGCGCUCGCGUCGCAUGUAC